GUUUGUUUUCUGACUUGGCGAGGGGUGGUACUCGACAAUUAUUAACUGGUCCUCGUCGGAUUUCACAGCAUUUGUUUGGAUUUUGUCAGAAAAUUGGACAAUUCCUGACAAAAUGUCUCUGAGGUGUCUGGUAAUUGUCCUCCUGUCCUUUCCCCAAGCCUUUCACGCUCAAGUCUUAGCCCAAAGUACAGCAGAGUCCUGUCCUGCUCCCCGACUGGAUGGAGGGUUUUUUGUGCCGGAGCAAGGAACCUACUCGCAUGAAAGCGGCCUCGCGUAUGCUUGCAACCACGGGUGGAAACCAGCGGUGGAGGGUUGGUGGGCCACCACUGUAUGCCUGAACGGAUCAUGGUCUCAUAUGCCACAAUGUAUUGGUGAGAGCAGCUGUCUUCCGCCAGAUGUCCCCAACGCCAAGUACACGGAGAGUGCUCCAGGCUGGUACCAGCAAGGCAAGGUGAUCCGGGUCAAGUGUGACCAGGGCUACCAACACGCCACCUGGGAGGCCACAGCCAAAUGUGCAAAUGGAACUUGGUCCUCCCUGCCCGUUUGCCAGCGAAGUAAGAGCUCUUGUGAUGAGCCGCCUCGGAUGGCCCACGCCGUCAUCCUCUACAAGAACCAGCAGGUGUUUGCGGUCGACUCCGAGGUGCACUUUGAAUGUGAGGAGGGCUACAGUGUCCAAGGAGACAACACCCGCAAGUCCAUCCUUUGUUUGGCUGGGGCCUGGACUCAAGCGCCCAACUGCAUAAGAACACAAAUAGUUGGGCAUGAUGGCGACAUGUCGGGCAGGGUGACAAAACCUGCUGCUGAUACAAUUCCAGAGCGAGGAAGUGGGCGUGGCUCUCCUGCUGGGGGUUCCACUGUCACUGACACAGGAUCUGUAACAACGUCUGGCACAAGCAGCAGCAGCAGCAGCAGCAGCACACCUCUGACGGUCCCAGUGGACAACUGCGGAGCGUACCCACGCCUUUCCAACGGUGACGUGGUGAGAAAGCGUGACAUGCUCCUGAAGUACGCCUGCAACUCUUUCUACAAGCGGGUGGGUCCUGAGACCGUGGUGUGCUACCACAACGGCACUUGGUCAGAAGUACCCACGUGCAAAGAAGCCUUUUGUGAAGUGGACCUGGACCAGUACGCAAACUACAGCAUCCAAGAAUCUGGGACAAUAAUCCUCAAAGACCGGGAGCGCAGGGAUGUUCCGUGUGUGUGGAGAGAUUACACCAGCCGCAUUCUGUGCACAAGGGGGAGCGUUCGUGUCACCAAGUGUUGCCACUACUUGGACCACUACUACCAAAGGUGCAACUAGUUGAGCAAGAUUCCGGGGAACAUUGGCCCCAAAAGAAGACAACUUCUUCUCACACACAUGGAGAGCGAUGGUUAGAGGCAUGUCAGGUGACUUCAUUAAACUUCAGAAGAAAAUGAA